GCCCCUUGGCCUCCGGGAGUCUACAGGACGGUGGGGGAGAUGUGCCUGGACCCUGGCCGGGGAGGCAAAUUGGUCCGUGAGCGGAUGAACAGAGCAACCCCAGUGCCGGCUUCAGCCCGAUCUCCAGAGCAUCCCUAGAGGCGGCUUCCAGCCUCCAGGCGCGCCUCAGCAAGCCCCAAAGGCGACCCCCUCUCCCCCACUCCUGCGCCCAACCCGUAACACCAUGGCAGACGUCAAAGUCAAGCAAGAAGUUCCAGAUCCGGCGGCACUGGAAAACAGGAUUUUAGAACUGUGCCAGCAGUUUCCACAAGGAAUCACCGACCAGGUUAUUCAGAAUGACAUGCCGCAGGUGGAGCCACAGAAGAGAGCAAUGGUUAUCAACAGGCUUCUCUCAAUAGGCCAGCUAGAUCUGCUGAGGGGCACUGCUGGUCUCCUUUACCGCAUCAAAGAUUCCCAGUCUGCAAGCAAGAUGAAGGGAUCGGACAACCAGGAGAAGCUGGUUUAUCAAAUCAUUGAAGACGCUGGGAAUAAAGGUAUAUGGAGCAGAGAUAUUCGAUACAAAAGCAACCUUCCUCUAACGGAGAUCAACAAAAUUUUGAAGAAUAUGGAAAGCAAAAAACUAAUAAAAGCUGUGAAGUCUGUUGCUGCAUCGAAGAAAAAGGUGUACAUGUUGUAUAACUUGCAGCCAGAUCGGUCUGUGACUGGUGGCGCUUGGUACAGUGACCAGGACUUCGAGUCCGAGUUUGUGGAAGUGUUGAACCAACAGUGCUUUAAGUUCUUACAAAAUAAGGCAGAGGUGGCUCGGGAGAGUAAACAAAGUCCUAUGGUUCAAAGGAACAGUUCGUUUGCUUCAUCGCAUGAAGUGUGGAAAUACAUCUGUGAAUUGGGUAUCAGCAAGGUGGAACUCUCAAUGGAAGAUAUAGAAACUAUUCUAAAUACGUUGAUAUAUGAUGGGAAAGUAGAGAUGACGAUUAUAGCUGCAAAAGAAGGCACGGUUGGUAGCGUGGAUGGACAAAUGAAGCUGUAUAAAGCAGUCAAUCCCAUCAUCCAGCCCACUGGCCUGAUGAGGACGCCUUGUGGGAUGUGCCCAGUAUUUGACGAUUGUCAUGAAGGCGGGGACAUCUCUCCUGCGACUUGUCUAUACAUGACAGAGUGGCUGGAAUUUUAACCAACAUUGUAAUAAAAAGAACAUUAAAAAACAAUGUCAAUAGAACUUGGACGACGGACCAUGUAGAUUUAUGAGAGGAUUUGUAUCAAGUCCAUGGCACUGAAGCAGCUCAUUCAGGCCAAUUGGUUUAUGCUCUGUGAGCCACCUUUCAACUUCUCCAGCAGACACAUCUUCCAAUCUCUUAACUGAUAAUCUUGCUAACCAUUAUAUGUAUUGGAACCAAGUCAAGAGUUCUGCGGGGGACAGAUGUGCAGGCAAACGUGAGAAAACACCACAGAAAAGUACUUAAAUCUGUUUUUUUUUGUUUUUACGCCUACAUUUCUUUAUCAUCUACACAAUUCUUGAUUCAACA